AUGGCGUUUUUUACAAUGGCCAUCGUAGCACCAAAGCAUAAGUUCCUAUUUGCACUUACCCUUGUGUUUGCUAUCGGCUUGCACAUGGCAGUGGCCGGGGAUGCAGACAUCCUUUCUGAUUUCACAGUCCCUCCAAACACCACAGCGGACGCCAAAUUCUUUACCUUCACUGGCAUGCGAGUGCUGGUGGGAGCACCGCCCCCACCAUCUUUUAAGGUUCUGAAAGCAAGCAUGGCUGAAUUCCCAGCUCUUAACGGACAGAGUGUUUCUUAUGCGGUCCUUGAGUACCCUGCUGGCUCCGUCAACCCGCUUCACACCCAUCCUCGAGCAUCCGAGCUCUUAUUCCUCAUUGACGGCUCCCUCGAUGUCGGCUUUGUCGACACCACUAACAAGAUCUUUACUCAGACCCUCCAAGCAGGCGACUUGUUUAUGUUUCCGAAGGGACUUGUUCACUAUCAGUACAACCAAGAUGCACAGAAACCAGCCUUUGCAAUCUCGGCAUUUGGCAGCGCAAGCGCUGGAACUGUGUCAAUUCCUACUACUGUCUUCAAUACCAGCAUAUAUGAUGGAAUCUUGGCAAAGUCUUUCAAAACGGACGUUGUCACCAUUCGGAAACUCGAGGCUGGGCUUGCACACUAG